AUGGACCUUGCAAGCUUGGCCAUGGUAAUGGAAAAUAUGCUAGUUCUUCUUGCAUCUCUGCCUUUGGCACUGGCCAAAAUACAGUGGAACACCAAUGAUGGAUGGAGUGCGCCAUCAACGCUUUCAUCCAAUUGCAGACAACGUGAUGGAUGGCAGUAUUUUUGCGGUGUCCUCGAUGAACCCAAACCUGAGAUAGUAGCGGCCCUACAUCAGGGGCGCCCUGCAGACUCCUGUAUGCUCGCAGACUAUCAUUUUUCAACUUGUACAUGGCUUGGUGUUACGGGAAUGGUUGUUUGCUGUGACCCUAACUAA